GAGGAGUGACAGUGCACUAUUCUCUGGUCUUUCAGACAAUUUCAGAGGAUGACACAGGGACUCCAGUGUCAGCUGUGCCCAGCCUGCGGGAAAUGGUGGCCAAGGCUUUGAGUGAAGAGGCCUCUCUGCCAGUGGAUCUACAGUCAUUAAACUUUGAACCAGCAAAAGGGAUUCCACCAACUACAACACCAGUUGAGGAAGCUGUUGAGGAAACGAUUGAAGAUUCCAUUGAGCCAGCUUUCCACAACGAUCUGGACAUAUCCACAGAUGAGCCAGAGAUUGCCAUGGAGAAACCUCGUCUGGAUGUUCCACUUGGCCCUGUGGAAAAGGAAUAUGCGCUCAUCACCUUCCUGAACUCUACAGAUAUUCCAGAAAAACAAGAAGAAGCAGCACCACCAGAGAGGGGAGAUGUGCCCUACAUCUACAAUGACACUAGUGAUGAAUUAGUGGAGAGUGAUUCUGAAGCAACAUCUGAACCAGAGGAAGAGGUGCCAUUUAUCACACACAUGAUUGAAACCAUUCAAGCCAUUGAUGAGGGAACUGGUGAGCUUGUAAGAGACUAUUUCCCAACCUCUCCUGCUGAGGAAUACCCUGAGCCACCUUUUGGUAAUUUAGUCCCUACUAAUGGGUACCCUGUUUUACCCCAUGAGGAUUUGGAUAUUACCUCCGCCCAUGAAAUAAAAAGUAUAGAAACUAAUGCUCCAGCUAAACUCCUUCCUAACUUGAUAUCAGAGGAGGAGGCUGUUGUUGAGAAGGAGGCUGAGCCUACUCCGACCACUCAGAUUAAGCUUACCACAGUCAUUGCCACUGAGGAAGAGGUAUCUAACCCUGAAUUACCUGUGAUGACUCUCUCAGCCAUCACAGAUCAGCCUGCCACUGAAGCAAUAGAGGACUUUGAAGUUGAAGAUGAUAUUAUCCAUAUUCCGAUUGAAGGGGAAGAGGUUGAGGAACCAGAACCUGAGGAAGAGGUAGUUGGGAUCUCGGAACCUGAAAAAGCGGUAGUUGUGGAACCAGAACCUGAGGAAGAGGUAUUUGAGGAACCAGAGCCCAAUGAAGACGUAGUUGAAGAUCCAGAACCUGAGUCAGAUGUAGAUGAGGUCUUGGUAGUUAAGGUCUUGGAACCUGGGGAAGAAGUAGGUGAGAACUCGGAACCUGAGGAAGAAGUAGCUGAGGAACCAGAACCUGGUGAAAAGGUAAAUGAGGUCUCGGAACCUGAGGAAGAGGUAGUUGAGGUCUUGGAACCUGAGGAAGAAGUAGUUGAACCAGAACCUGAGGAAGAGGCAGUUGAGGUCUCGGAACCUGGGGAAGAGGUAGUUAAGGCACCAGAACCUGAGGAAGAGGUAGUUGAGGAACCAGAGGAAGAGGUAGUUGAGCUCUUGGAACCUGAGGAAGAGGUAGUUGAGGAACUAGAACCAAAGGAAGAGGUAGUUGAGGAACUAGAACCCGAGGAAGAGGUAGUUGAGGUCUCGGAACCUGAGAAAGAGGUAGUUGUGGAACCAGAAACUGAGGAAGAGGUAUUUGAGGGACCAGAGCCUGAGGAAGACUUAGUUGAAGAUCCAGAACCUGAGUCAGAUGUAGAUGAGGUCUUGGUAGUUAAGGUCUUGGAACCUGAGGAAGAAGUAGGUGAGAACUCGGAACCUGAGGAAGAAGUAGCUGAGGAACCAGAACCUGGUGAAAAGGUAAAUGAGGUCUCGGAACCUGAGGAAGAGGUAGUUGAGGUCUUGGAACCUGAGGAAGAAGUAGUUGAACCAGAACCUGAGGAAGAGGCAGUUGAGGUCUCGGAACCUGGGGAAGAGGUAGUUAAGGCACCAGAACCUGAGGAAGAGGUAGUUGAGGAACCAGAGGAAGAGGUAGUUGAGCUCUUGGAACCUGAGGAAGAGGUAGUUGAGGAACUAGAACCAAAGGAAGAGGUAGUUGAGGAACUAGAACCCGAGGAAGAGGUAGUUGAGGUCUCGGAACCUGAGAAAGAGGUAGUUGUGGAACCAGAAACUGAGGAAGAGGUAUUUGAGGGACCAGAGCCUGAGGAAGAAGUAUCUGAGGAACCAGAACUUGAGGAAGAGGUAGUUGAAGAACCGGAGCCCAAGGAAGACGCAGUUGAGGAACCAGAACCUGAGGUAGAGGUAGAUGAGGUCUUUGUAGUUGAGGUCUUGGAACCUGAGGAAGAAGUAGUUGAGAACCUGGAACCUGAGGAAGAGGUAGCUGAGGACCUAGAACCUGGUGAAAAGGUAGAUGCGGUCUCAGAACCCGAUGAAGAGGUAGGUGAGGUCUUGGAACCUGAGGAAGAAGUAGUUGAUGAACUUGACCCUGGGGAAGGGGUAGUUGAGUUGUUAGAACCUGAGAAAGAGGUACUUGAGGAAUUACAAACUGAGGAAGAGGUAGUUGAGGUCUUGGAACCUGAGAAAGAGGUGCUUGAGGAAAUAGAACCUGAGGAAGAGGUAGUUGAAGAACCAGAGGAAGAGGUAGUUGAGCUCUUGGAACCUGAGGAAGACGUAGUUGAGGAACUAAAACCUGAGGAAGCGGUAGUUGAGGAAUCAAAGCCUGAGGAAAUGGUAGUUGAGGAACCAAAGCUUGAGGAAAUGGUAGUUGAGGAAGAGGUAGUUGAGGAAUUAGAACCUGAGGAAGAGGUAGUUGAAGAACCAGAACCUGAAGAAAAUGUAAUUGAGGUUUCGGAACAUGAGGAAAAGGUAGUUGAGAAAACAGAAGAAGAGGUUGUUGAGGAACUAGAACCUGAGGAAGUGGUUGUUGAGGAACGAGAACCCGAGGAAGCGGUUGUUGAGGAACUAGAACCCGAGGAAGAGGUAGUUGAGGAACUAGAACCUGAUGAAGAGUUAGUUAAGGAACCAGAGCCUGAGGUAGAGGUAGUUGAGGAACCAGACCCAGAGGAUGAGGUAGUUGUAAAACCAGAACAUGAGGAGGAGGUAAUUGAGAAAUCAGAGCCUGAGGAAGACAUAGUUGAGGAACCAGAGCCUGAGGAAGAGGUAGUUGACGAACUAAAAUCUGAGGAAGAGGUUGUUGAGGAACCGGUAGUUGAGAAACUAGAACCUGCGGAAGAGGUAGUUGAGGAACUAGAACCUGAGGAAGAGGUUGUUGAGGAACCAGAGCCUGAGGAAGAGGUAGUUGAGGUCUCAGAACCUAAGGAAAGGGUAGUUGAGAAACCAGAGGAAGCAGUAGUUGAGGAACCAGAACCUGAGGAAAAGGUAGUUGAAGAACCAAAAACUGAGGAAGAGGUAAUUGAGGUCUUGGAACAUGAGGAAAAGGUAGUUGAUGAACCAGAGGUUGAGGUUGUUGAAGAACCAGCAUAUGAGGAAGAGGUAAUUGAGGAAUCAGAGCCUGAGGAAGACAUAGUUGAGGAACCAGAGCCUGAGGAAGUGGUAGUUGAGGAACUAGAACCUGAGGAAGAGGUUGUUGAGGAACUAGAACGUGAGGAAGCGGUAGUUUGGGAACUAGAACCCGAGAAAGCGGUAGUUGGGGAACUAGAACCUGAGGAAGAUGUAGUUGAGGAACCAGAGCCUGAGGAAGAGGUAGUUGAGGAACCAAAGCCUGAAGAAGAGGAAGUUGAGGAACCAGAACCAGAGGAUGAGGUAGUUGAAGAACCAGAAUAUGAGGAAGAGGUAGUUGAGGAACCAGCGCCUGAGGAAGAGGUAGUUGAGGAACCAGCACCUGAGGAAGAGGUAGUUGAGGAUCCAAAGCCUGAAGAAGAGGUAGUUGAGGAACCAGAACCAGAGGAUGAGGUAGUUGAAGAACCAGAAUAUGAGGAAGAGGUAGUUGAGGAACUAGAACCUGAGAAAGCGGUAGUUGUGGAAUUAGAACCUAAGGAAGUGGUAGUUGAGGAACUAGAACCUGCAGAAGAGGUAGUUGAGGAACUAGAACCUGAGGAAGAGGUAGUUGAGGAACCAGAGCCUGAGGAAGAGGUAGUUGAGGAACCAAAGCCUGAAGAAGAGGUAGUUGAGGAACCAGAACCAGAGGAUGAGGUAGUUGAAGAACCAGAAUAUGAGGAAGAGGUAGUUGAGGAACCAGAGCCUGAGGAAGAGGUAGUUGAGGAACCAAAGCCUGAAGAAGAGGUAGUUGAGGAACCAGAACCAGAGGAUGAGGUAGUUGAAGAACCAGAAUAUGAGGAAGAGGUAGUUGAGGAACCAGAGCCUGAGGAAGAGGUAGUUGAGGAACCAAAGCCUGAAGAAGAGGUAGUUGAGGACCCAGAAUAUGAGGAAGAGGUAAUUGAGGAAACAGAACCUGAGGAAGAGGUAGUUGAGGUCUUGGAACCUGAAGAAGGGGAAGUUGAAGAACCAAUGCCUGAGGAAGAGGAAGUUCAAGAACCGGAGCCUGAGGAAGAGGUAGUUGAAGACCCAGGAACCGAGGAAGGGGUAGUUGAGGUCUCGGAACCUGAGGAAGAGGAUGUUGAAGAACCAAUGCCUAAAGAAGAGGACGUUGAAGAACCGGAGCCUGAGGAAGAGGAAGUUGAAGAUCCAGAACCUGAGGAAGGGGUAGUUGAGGAAACACAGCUUGAGGAAAAUAUUAGUGAGCCACCAGCUGAAGAAAUUAAAAUCAUCCAACCUGUGGAUUCUUUAGAGGACACUCUAUUUGGAGAGGAAACCUGGAAACCUGAUCCUGUUGAAGAGGACAAUAUUGUCCCAAUAGAAGACCAGUCAACUGAGGAGGACAUGGAGGAACUGUUGCCUGAAUACCACGGGUAUGAGGAUAGCUAUCCUGAGGAAGCUGUGGAAGAAACAGAUGACACAGCAGAGGUCAGUGAAGUGGAGGUGGCUCCAUUGCCAGAGGAGAGUGAAGAGGAGUUAGCAAUGAUAGCAGAACCCAUCCCUGACUCUACGUCAACACCACCUGCAGAAUCUGACACUGUGCCUGUGGUAGAUGUAACAGAGUCACCUUCAGAGUUAGAGCUGAUGGUGGAGGAUACAGAGGAGCCUGAGGUGGUUGUUAUCGAUGAAGAGGCUGAAGAGGAGGUCGUAGAGGACUCAGAACCUGAGGGCGGGCGUGUGCAAGACCUUGCAGACGAACUUGAUCAAAUGGACCUGGUAAGCACAGAGCCCAUUAACCUUCCAGAGGCCAGUGGAUACUCAUUUGCUCCUGAGGAGCACCCCGUCGAGACCACAGCUUCUCCACCACUGAGAUACCUGACCACUCCCUCCAUGACCACGGCGAGUAAAGGCAGGGAGCUGGUGGUGUUCUUCAGUCUACGGGUUACUAACAUGAGGUUCUCAGAUGACCUCUUCAACAAGAGCUCUUCAGAAUACAGAUCCCUGGAGAACACCUUUUUGGAACUGCUGCUGCCUUACCUGCAGUCCAAUCUAACAGGAUUCAAGAAGCUAGAGAUUCUUAACUUCAGGAAUGGCAGCAUUGUGGUCAACAGCAAGAUGAAGUUCACCAAGUCAGUGCCAUACAACGUGACCCAGGCCGUCCACUGUGUCCUGGAAGACUUCUGCAACGCUGCAGCCAUGAGACUCAACAUUGAGAUUGAUAGUCACUCUCUGGACAUAGAGCCUGCUGAUCAAGCAGAUCCCUGUAAGUUCUUGGCGUGCAACGACUUCUCUCACUGUGUGGUGAAUCGGUGGUCACGGGAGGCCGAAUGUCUCUGUGACCCGGGGUACAUAGCUAUGGACGGCCUGCCCUGUCAGAGUAUCUGUGUCCUGCAGCCUGACUACUGCCAGAACGGGGGCCGUUGUGAGAUAGUACCAAGGCAUGGAGCCACUUGCAGAUACCCAGAAAACUACACGUCUUCCAGGCCUGACAAAUUAAGAACAUCGAGUGUUGAAUGACAACCCUCCGUAUUGAGACUUGGCAACUGCAGAAGAGACACAGGAAUGUUAAUAAACGAUAGCUAAUCGCAGAUGCAGAUCACAGACAAUGUUGUGAUUGCAGAAAGACAUUGACCUGUUGGCUACUGAUGGACAGACAGGCACUCAGCCAGACAACCCCUUCAUUUGACCUUUCCAAAGCCUGCGUUUCACCAGAAAGGAUACUCCCAUUUUCUGUCAAACAGACAUUCAGGCGAACUCUGGACAGCCGUACUCGGUCAUUGUCAUCAGUGAACAAAUGACUCGGGAACGACAGAUGAAUGUCAAACAGAUGUGAUCAUUUUGCUAUGGCAUCCCAGGACAGCUAACUGCUUUUAUACAUAUGUUCUGACAUUUAUUUUAGUAGUGAAAGUGUUAAUGUAAAAUGCCAGAUGAAAAGUUACAAGAAAUGUUUUCCUCAUAAUGAGGUACUUAUGUUGCAACGUUGUAUAGUGAAUAACACGUACUGUACACCUGUGUGGGUGAUGUUAAUUAUACAUCUGUCUCUGUAAUAAUGUAAUGGUGUUUCCUCAGUGUUGUAAAACUACUGUUCUGUACAUGUCCAGGGAAAUGAAUUGCUCACCAUCUUCAAUAGGGCUUUUUUAAAAACUAUUUCCUCACAGAACUCUUAUUUGUGUUGCUGUAGCAUUGAGUAACAGAACGUACAACACGAGGAGCAAUAUUAGUUGAGUGAAAGAAUGCGUUUAUUUCAACAGUUAGAGAUCAGCAUUAGAAAAAGUGACAGUGAAAAGGCAGUAUUUGAGGAAUGAUUGUAACGCGUGGAGAGACACACAGAGCAUAUCGAAGCCAGUCAGUAAUUGGUUGUACAUUACAAGAGAUAUUCCAGGAGACCACA